AUGCCGCGCAAGACCUCUGCCGAGAUCAUCAUCGAUGCGAUCGUCGAGAAUGGCGACGCCCCAAUGGACCGUACUGCCCUCCAGGACUUCUUCAUGGAUCGAACCAACUCCUUUGUUGACUUUCGCAAGCUUUGGGAGUUCUACGAGGCCUUCAUUGGAGGUUACCGCAUCACCGCUAGAUCACUCAACACCAUGCGCUCCAAGGGGGGCAAGGCGUUCGCUGCCAGGAUAAAGGCUCGUCUCGACUCUGAGCCUGGUAUUGUGCCCCAACACCUCAUCGACUUCUUCAGCAACCACCAGUACAUUUGGGACUCUUCCCUAGGAGAUGGAGACACCCAAGCUGAGCCUGGCCGUCUGCCCAAGGAGUUGCUUGACCAGCUGAAGAGGGUCUGCCCUGACCGCGAAAGCUUUGAGGGCCUCUUGAUGCAGCAGAUGGCGGCUCAGUCCGUGCCGUCCGGUAUGAACGCCGAAGUGGCAACCAAGCUCAUGAGAGCUCGUGCCAAGGAAGUUGCAGAGGAAGCCUUUGGAAAGGACGAGUCGGUCACUGAUGGGCUCAUCGCCGCAGUCAAGAAGGGAUCCUGUCCUAGUUUUGAGGUGACCAAGGCUUUUCGCGGCUACGGCUUCGAGGUCAUUUGCCACCGGAACGACGUCGCCAAGCUCUUCGACAUCUAUGUUCAUCUCAUAGCCACCUGUGGCGUCGACCGCGACACACUCAAUGAGUGGAUGAUCUCGGGUAAGCAGACGCUUGGUCAAAACAUCAAGGCUGAGCUGGAGAAGAAGCAAGACACCAUUCCGGCCGAUCUCAUCCCCUGGUUGGAUGCAAACCAGUAUAUCUGGGCCCGCGGCAGCAUUGCCUACUCCGGCCAAACCAAUGCAUUUGUUCGCCACCCUGGCGUCAAUGUUGAGUUCCAGCGCUUCGUCAAGCCGGUCAAGCCCGAGGAACAGGCCAAGAUCAACCAAGAGAUGCAGGAGCUGGUAGAAUCUUUCCACAACCUGAAGCCUGGUGAACCGGAAUUCGACCUGCAGGAGGAAAUUGAACGCAGGGCUAAGAAGUAUGGAUGCUACCAGGUGGCUAUGACUUAUUCCAAGAAGGACGAGAUCAGUGAUGAGAAGGACGAAAUCGGCACUGAGGGCAAAUAG